UACGCGAUCGUGUGAAAACGUUAAGCUUUGGCAAGCUGUGCUUAUGCGCACGAGAAACGCUUGGAGCCCUCUGCUCUAACUAGUGGGACCUUAAAACGGCUGUCAUCUUCGCAGUUGGGAAACAGUAAUCGUUUGAAUCUGACGACGGAAGCAUCCCCGUGUCCUGUCACUGUUAGGAUUGUGAUGGUAGUGAUUGGUUACAUUUGAAAUGUUCAGCGAAGAGCUCAACAUCUACGGAGCUUACAGAUGGUAUUUCUGAUUUGCGACACCUCGUGAUUUCGCUACUGCUGUAGACAACCUGGAUCGUAGCUGUAUAGUAGCAUAAUGUUGCUGGUCGUUUACGUGUUCAGUGCCGCAUAAUAUUGAAAUUGAAUUGUUUCAUACACGUACUCGACGUUGGUGGGACGGCUGGCAUGUGGUUUGAUUGAGUGAUUUGGGCUGGUAUUGUGAAGUACUAGGAAUAGUGCAGCUGCUCGGGGACGUUGGCUGGAUGUUUUUGUGACUUGAUUGAGGCGCUCAUCCAGAUAACCAAAUCACCCAAACAAAAUGCGGUUCGUUUAAGUUAUGAUCAUUUCCGUGUCACCAUCCGAAGGCACAUUAUUUCAUCGUCAAGCAGACGGCUACAACCAUUUCCGACAUGGGGAAAUCAGUAUACACCGUCAAUUCGGACAACCCUAGUACGAAUGGCGUCGUGCAGUCUAGUAAAGCAUCUCUCGCGAGCGGAAAUGACGAUUCAACACCCGAAGUGGGAAAAUUCCGUACCGUUCUUCCGCAAAUUUUGGCCAGCACUGCGAAAAAUUUUCUCCUGCUCGAUCUUGGAAUGGCAGUGGCAUUCCCAACUAUUGUUAUUCCAGCGUUGCGUGGUUUGAAGAAUCGGGCACCGGACGAGUUCCUCUAUUUCACACCAGCUCAAGCAUCGUGGUUUGGUAGUGUGGCUUACAUAUGUCAACCAAUUGGCAGUGUCCUCUCCGGCAUAGUUCUCGAGCCGUUGGGCCGAAAACGUUCGAUGAUUUUGGUUAACAUACCGCAUAUUAUCGGCUGGUUAAUGCUGCAUUUUGCUGGAUCACUAGAAGAGAUGUAUAUUGCAGCUGUGCUGCUAGGUUUAGGUGUUGGAUUUAUGGAAGCACCCAUCGUUACUUAUGUCGGAGAAAUAUGCCAACCAUCGAUUCGCGGUAUACUUACAUCUUGUGCUGGCGUAGCUGUGAUGUUGGGUUUCUUUAUGGUUUACCUGUUGGGAACGGUUACCACGUGGCGCAUAACAGCCCUUAUUUGCGUUUCGAUUCCGUUGGCCACAAUGAUUGCAAUUUGUUUCGUACCGGAAACGCCCAUGUGGUUGCUGUCGAAGGACCGUAAGGAAGAUGCCCGCAAAUCUCUACAGUGGCUGAGGGGUUGGGUUUCACCAGCUGCAGUGGAAAAGGAGUUUCAGGAAAUGCAACGUUACAGUAUUAGUGCGGCUAAGUGCACUGCAUGUCAGAAGUCCCAAAGCGCUCACUGCGAACAUCCGCCACCAACCGAGUGGAUUAAAUUGCAGGAGUUGAUGCGAAAACGGAACCUCCGGCCAUUUGUGCUGGUAAUGCUGCUGUUCCUUUUUGGACAGUUGAGUGGACUGACCGGUAUGCGGCCCUAUCUGGUUCAGAUUUUCCAAGCUUAUGGAGUACCGCUGGACGCCAAUUGGGCCACAGUUUCAGUUGGGUUAUUAGGAUUAUUAGCGAAUAUUGUUUGCAUGAUAUGCAUCAAAUUUGUCGGGAAGCGACGACUGGCAUUGUGCUCAAUGUUUGCUUCAGCGUUGUCGUGUCUUUCGCUGGCGAUAUAUGCAUUCAACGUAUUUCCUCCCGGCUGGACUUCAUUUGAUGUGCACAAGGAGGUUAACACAGCAAACGGUUUGAAUUAUGUGCCGAUGGUACUCUUCUUCCUUCUGGCGUUUGCCACAAGUGUCGGAGUACAACCGGUGCCUUGGAUCCUACUCAGUGAAGUCUUUCCGUUCAAGAGUCGCAGCCUGGCUUGUGGAAUCACUGCAGCUUUGAACUACAUCAUGACAUUUAUAACGACUAAAACGUAUUUCAAUCUUGAGAACUCGUUUUCUUUACCAGGGGUGAUAUUAUUUUACGGUAUUUGUGGUAGCAUAGGCGUUUUCUUUGUUUAUUUCUUUCUGCCAGAGACAGAAAAACGAACCCUUGAGGACAUCGAAAUAUACUUUUCGGAUAACAAACGGAAACUGACGGAUCUUCACAUCAAACAGAAUAGUAAGCAAUCCGAGAAGGAGGCCAUUUCGAACUCCAGGGAGAAGCAAGGAAUAACAAAUAAUGCCUACACUGAAAAUGAAAAGUGAAUAUUUUAAUUUUUAUUAACUUAUUUUGUAGUGCUUAGUUCUAGUGGCCAUCUUAAAUAAAGAUACAAGAUUUCAAA